AUGGACUUGAACCUGUGCGCACGAGCCAGCGGCGCAUCCAGCACGUCCGAAGCUCAAGGUGGCCUUGACAACGCGCUCCCCAGAAGCCCCGAAGCCACACCCCGACUUGCCCUCUGCAGCUCCCGUAUGUCGAUGUCCACCUCCCUCUCACCAAUUGUCCCACUGACCUUCCCACAGCAGGCCUCCAACCCCUCCAACCUCCACCCUCCCCAUCCUCACCACCGACGCGCGGCAGCCCCCAAAAUGAUAACAGACGCCCAACUCUACUCGCUCGCCAUCUUCCUCGGAAGCGCCGCCAUGAUGCUCAUCGUCCUAUACCACUUCCUCGAAGUCAACUCGGAAGAGCACGCCGCGGCCCAGAAACCGAAAGCUGCGGCCAAGAAGGUCAAGAUCUGA